CGGGUACUGUCGGCGAGUUGGACACCAUGGAGUCAGCUUAACCUUUUUUUUUGGAAUUUAGUUUAAUUAAUUAAUUAAUUUAUUUUAAUACUCCGUAACAAGAAAGGCUGAAAGGAGAAGCAGCUGUGUAAUAAGUACGUGGUAGUUGGCCAACGUUCCCCUUCCCCGGCCAUAUAAACCUCACCGGAAGAUCAGAAACCAGAAUCAUUCAAGCUCCCCUUUACCGGUAAAUGCUUCGAUCAUCAUCUAUUUGUAUUUCGACUUAGUCUGGACUGCCCUUAUUUUGUUUGAUGGUCCAGUAUGAGACAUAAUUACAGUAGCUGUUUCACAGAACCGAUGAGUCCCGCCGGAGUGUUCGCCGGCGUAUUCCUACUGGUCUCUCUUUACUGCGCCCUAGACCCAUUUAAGCACGGCGCGUUCUCGGAGUUCCCUGACUUCGAGGUCUACAAGGUGGAAACGCCGGCCUGGUCGGAACUUCCGCUGGAGAAAGACACCCUGAAUCUGCUCCAGAAGUCGGAAAUCAAGUUCCACAACGAAAUUCACGGGCCGGAGAGCAUCGCCUUCGACCCCCAAGGGCGGGGGCCGUACACAGGCGUCGCCCACGGCAGGGUUGUGAUGUGGAAUGGCGAGAAAUGGGUCGAUUUUGCUUAUACCUCCGCCAACAGAUCAAGCAUAUGUGACCCGAAGCCAAACUCAACUCCUCUGAGCUUUGUGAAGAAUGAGCACAUCUGUGGGAGGCCCUUGGGGUUGCGGUUUGACAGAAGAACGGGCGACCUAUACAUAGCAGAUGCGUAUUUUGGGUUGUUGAAGGUUGGACCAGAAGGUGGACUUGCAACCACAUUGUCAAGUGAGGCUGAAGGAGUGCCUCUUACAUUCACCAAUGACUUGGAUGUUGAUGAUCAAGGGAACAUUUACUUCACUGAUAGCAGUACUAAAUACCGUAGGAGGAACUUUUUACAGCUGGUAUUUUCAGCAGAUAAUUCAGGGAGAGUUCUAAAAUAUAACCAAGCGACAGGAGAAACCACCGUUCUGGUGCGCAAUCUCCAAUUCCCAAAUGGUCUGUCCCUAAGUAAGGACAGGUCAUUCUUCGUCUACUGUGAAGGUUCCAAGGGCAUAUUAAGCAAGUACUGGCUUAAGGGGGAGAAAUCUGGGACAUCAGAAGUUGUUGCUAUCCUCCAUGGCUACCCUGAUAAUGUUAGAACCAACGAAAGAGGUGAAUUUUGGGUGGCAGUCCAUUGCCGGCGAACUUUUUACAGUUACAUAUAUAGUGAAUACCCGAAGCUGAGGAAAUUCUUGCUGAAGCUUCCCAUUUCUGCAAAGCUUCAAUACCUCAUGCACAUUGGCGGUCGCCUCCAUGCAGUUGCUGUGAAGUAUAGCCCAGAAGGUAAGGUUUUGCAAAUCCUUGAAGACAGGCAAGGGAAAGUUGUGAAGGCUAUAAGUGAGGUGGAGGAGAGGGAAGGAAAACUAUGGAUGGGGAGUGUUUUAAUGUCUGGCUUUGCAGUUUACCAGUUAGAGUAAAGCGUUAUAAUUGUUUAGGCAUUUGCUUUCUUUUGAGAACUCUACGUUUCUUAUCAGCUCCUUAAUUGUGAUAUAUAAUUCCAUACAGUUCUUGAAGGGAGAACAAACAGCAUUUGUAUUCCUAAAUCCAAAUCCCAUAGCUUGUGAUGCAAGUAUGCAACAAUGUGAGUAUAUAUUUCAGUCUGUUCAAUAAUACAUGGACUUCUAUCCA